AUGGGGAAGGGUUCAAAGAGGGGUCCAUGCAAUUCUGCAUCACAUAGUCUCUUCAAGGACAAAGCAAAAAAUCGUGUGGACGAUCUGCAGGGUAUGUUCAGCAAUCUGCAAUCUGCCAGGAAGGAGAGCCGCACAAUUGAUGUUGCUGUGCUUGAAGAGCAAGUUCAUCAGAUGCUUCGGGAAUGGAAGGCCGAGCUGAAUGAGGCCUCCCCAGCUACAUCACUGCAGCAGGGAGGGAGUCUGGGCUCAUUUUCACCAGAUAUUUGUAGGCUGCUGCUGCUUUGUGAGGAAGAAGAUGAUGCGACCAGUGCAUUAGCUGCACCAAAGCCGGAGCCUGAUGUGCAAAAAGUCAUGGAGGGGUCUAUGUCUCAAGAGUGUUUCAAUUUACCCAAGGGACCUCAAGAACAAAGCAUCCAGAUGGUUGACCAGUGCAAAAGCAUGGGUCCAGGAGUUAACGAUAUGGGGAUUAAUGUAAUUGGUCCCGCAACACAAUUGGAAUAUCAUCCAUUCGAAUUUCAUCAAGACUUUGAGCAGCACUACUUCCCUGGGUUUGACAGCACAUGUUUUGUUGGGGAGGAUGCUUUGCCUCAUAUUUCUGGCUACUCACAAAAUAUUUGCCCUCCACCUUCUGCUUUCCUAGGGCCAAAAUGUGCCCUUUGGGAUUGUCCCAGACCUGCACAAGGGUCAGACUGGUGUCAAAAGUCGAAUGACUACUGCAGUAGUUAUCAUUCUGGGCUUGCACCUACAGAAGGCUACCCGGGUAUGCCUCCAGUCGUACGACCUGGAGGAAUUGGCUUAAAGGAUAACUUACUAUUUUCUGCUCUUAGUGCAAAAUCACAAGGAAAAGAUGUUGGUAUUCCAGAAUGUGAAGGUGCUGCUACUGCAAAAUCCCCUUGGAAUGCAUCUGAGCUAUUUGAUCUCGUGAUUAUGGAAGGUGAAACAAUCAGGGAAUGGCUGUUCUUUGACAAGCCUCGCAGAGCGUUUGAGAGUGGUAACAGGAAGCAACGAUCAUUGCCUGAUUAUAAUGGACGUGGUUGGCAUGAGUCGAGGAAGCAAGUGAUGAAUGAAUUUGGAGGUUUGAAGAGAUCCUACUAUAUGGACCCACAACCCAUGGAAAAUUAUGAGUGGCACCUUUAUGAAUAUGAAAUCAACAAAUAUGAUGCUUGUGCUUUGUAUAGAUUGGAAGUCAAGCGAGUUGAUGGGAAAAAGAGUCCUAAAGGAAAAUCAUGUAAUGAUUCUGUGGCUGAUCUGCAGAAGCAAAUGGGAAGACUGACCGCUGAAUUGCCACCCGUCAGCAAGCGCCCUGUUAAGGGAUGUGGAAAGGUGAAUACGAAGGAUGGAACUGGUGGCAUUUAUUCCACUUCUAAUGCAAUAGAGCCUACAGAGGAAGGAUUCGAUUAUUAUCUCGUUGACAACUUGAAUGGCUACUAUUUGACUUGA